CCGUAAUAAUAAUUUCACAUUCUAUAAGACAGCGUUAAGAUAAGUAGAGCGCAUCAUGCACUCAUGGGCACUUGCACAUCCUACUGUCAGCUAAACCUUGACAUUCGUUGACAUUGUGUUAUAGUGAGAUGACGUUAGAAAAUCUUUUAUCCCAAGUGGGAAUCGGAACAAAGCAGCUGACAGAUAGGUACUCGGAGGUUCCAGUACACGAUCAUCACGUGUAUUAUGCAUAUGAACCGUCUGCACCGUCACAUGGGCCUGUUGCGACGUCCAAAUACAACUAUGGAGGAGGUCAUCAUAAGAGCGGCGCAUCAAUGUCUGCACUAACGCUGUUGGCGUUCUUGUUUUUUCUCCAUAUUUUACAGCAAUGUAUUAAAGAUCACAUGACAGAAAUGAGUACCGCAGCUGUUGUGAUUAUGUCGGCCGGCAGAGAAGGAGAAGAUGCAAUAACCAAAUCGGCAACUUUCAAUAAAAUGGAUAAAACCGGCAUAACCGAAACUAGUUCUAAAGAUGGCUCAGUAAAUGACCGAAUGGAUAGAGUACACCAAAAUAAAAUAACCGAAAAUUACGACGUGAAAAAUCCAUACAAUAAUGAUGCUUCAUCAAGCAAACAUCAAUUAUUAAAGGUUAAAACCGAACAGUUGCCAAGAUCAGAAGAACCGAAGCAAAAAUAUGUGUUUAAAAACUACGCCAACCGAAGCUCUAUGUAUGCUGGGUUUUAUAGCGCCAUGGAUGAAGAAUAAAUGGACGUCCAAAAAUAAACGUUACCCACGGUGAAAUAAAAUACAUAAUCGAGU